UUGAAAAUAAAUAUGUCAGCACGGUUAAGUGAGUCGCGAGGUGAGAAAGGCGUUCGGCACAUCCUGACGCCUCUUAGCACAGUUUCACUCGCAUUUUGAAAAGAAAUGUGUAUUCGUCGCUCUGAAAGAUGCCCACAAAAACGUGCAUAUAAAACAAGGAGAAGUAGGCUGACGUGGAGUUGGGCUGAGCACUUGGGAGCUGUUUGAGCUGUCGAUCCGUAAGAAAUUUCACCUAAGACGCAAGAUCUGCUGAGCAAGACUGCGUAGGAAAAAUGAUUAAACUCCUACUGGCAGCACUUGUGCUUCUAAUAGCAACCGGGAUGGCUCUUGCGGCUCCACAACUUCCAACUGGAUCCAUAGCAUUGGAUGCGAUUCAGCACAUGAACCUCUUUGCUACUACACCCCUUAAAACAGGUGUUUGGAAGCAGGGGGAGCCGUUCUUCCCAUUUUCACCUUUCAAUCCGGCCGUUGGAUUUUUGCUGGGCGGCAAGAAGGGAGUCCUUUUCACCAAAGCGUCGGACGGAACGAUCCAGUCACAGAAAGACUUCACCUUUUCUUCGGGCAACUCGAAGCUCCCGUUCCCGGGUGGUCUUUUCCAGUAGAAAUAGGUGCGUGGCACCAUGUACACGCAAGAUAAAUCUCUUAAAAGAUGAUUUUCUUCGCAAAAAUUUCAAGCAAUACCGAUACUACACACAUAGUGUAAGCGAGCGCAGCUGGGUAAUAGGAAAGAUCACUGAUAAAAUAAAAUAUUCGUAUACACACUC